GCGCCCUGUGACAUUCAGUUGCAUGCUCUCUCAUGCGGUCAGCAAUAAUUGUCUCAAACUAUUCCCGCAGAUAUCGACCCCUUUACCAGCCUCUUUCCAUCUCUGAAUAAAUUAAGAGUUGCGUAUCUCGCUCACAAGCUCUGUAACAUAGUGACCCUUGCGAGAUGGCAGAUCAGCAGAUAGACGAGAUCUCGGUCAUCGAGCAUCCAACAGCAACAAAAGCAGCUUGUCUUCCUGAACAGAGGGCAAAAUUGAAAGAUGUGGGGGUGGACACGGGUAGUCUUCCAGAAAGUCCCUCCAACGUGGUGGAGUCCUUCGAAGUAUCCGAAGACCCUAACAGCCCUCCAAAGGGCCGCUCAAAGCUGCGCACCUUCAGUAUAAUGAUCAUGCUGUGUCUCGUGCUCUUUAUUUCGGCGCUCGACCAAACCAUUGUUUCGACCGCCAUUCCCUCCAUGACCAAGGAUUUGCACUCUGCUGCGGGCUACACGUGGAUCGGUGCCGCGUACUUAUUGUCCAUGUGUGCGACCAACCCAAUGUGGGUCCGGAUCAGCGAUAUCUGGGGUCGCAAGCAUGGUCUUUUGGGAGCCAUCAUUGUCUUCUCUAUUGGUAGCACCAUUGCGGCAGCCAGCACAAGCAUGCCCAUGUUGAUUGCCGGGCGAGGGGUUCAAGGUCUCGCCGGGGGAGGAAUCACAUCCUUGGUCAGUAUAAUAAUCUCAGACCUUUUCAGCAUGCGGCAUAGAGCGUUAUACAUCAGUGCGACUGCGCUUGUCUGGGUCCUCGCUGGAACCACCGGGCCCGUCAUUGGAGGAGCAUUGUCAGAAUAUGCGACUUGGCGCUGGUGCUUCUGGAUCAACCUGCCCAUCUGUGGCCUCUCAUUUUUCAUUUUGUUAUUUUUUCUUGACUUGCACAACCCACGCACGAAGCUUGGAGAUGGCCUCAAGGCCAUCGACUGGCUCGGGACCGUCUCGAUCCUGACCAUAAUUCUUCUUCUUCUCCUUGGACUUGAUUUCGGUGGCGUAACAUUCGUCUGGAAUAGUCCGACCGUCAUCUGCAUGAUCGUGUUUGGGUCCGUCUUGAUCGGCUUUUUCCUUUUUGCUGAGAAGCGCCUCGCGAGGUAUCCACUGAUGGAUCUUGGAGUCUUCAAGGGGUGGUCAAACAACGCAGUCAUACUUAUCGCUGCUGCGCACAGCAUGGCCACUCGUGGAUCAGAGUACUACCUCCCAUUCUACUUCCAAAGUGUGAAACAAGCAUCGCCCACCAAAAGCGGAGUUCUCAUUAUCCCCAUGAUGGCCGCUGCUUCACUUUCCGACGUCGCGGUCGGGAUAUUGAUCCACCAGACUGGUCGCUACAGGGAGAUAAUCUGGGCCGGGACCACUCUCUUGACCUUAGGAACAGGACUAUAUAUCAUGCUCGGUGUCGACACCUCCCUCGGCCAAAUCAUCGGUUUCGAAAUAGUCGGCGGUAUAGGCCUUUCCCUUCUUCUGUCGACCCCCAUGCUUGCCAUCCAAAACAACGUCAAUCAGGCCGAUGUGGCUGUCGCAACGUCGACAUUAGGCUUUGCGCGCAGCAUUGCCACGUCCCUAUCCAUUGUUCUCGGUGGUAUUGUCUUCCAGGACAGUAUGUCAUCUCAACGUUCUUCUCUUGUCGCUGUUGGGCUCAACGAAUCCUAUCUCGCGGCUUUUUCGGGCGACGAGGCGGCGGCAAAUGUCGAAAUGGUCGCGUCGAUCGAGGAUCCGGUGCAGCAUCGCGCCGUGCAGAGUGCCUAUGCCUGGAGUAUUCGGAAUAUGUUCAUCAUGUACACAGCUGUUGCGGCUGUCGGCCUACUGGCCAGCCCGUUCGUCAAACAGCGCCACAUGAGCUCGGAACAUACUGAGACGAAGACUGGAAUAGCAAAUAUGACGGAUCGUAAGCGGAAGACUGGAGAUUGA